AUGUCUGGAAAGGCACCGCCCAGGGCACCGCGGGCUUUGUUGAAUUCAUUAGCUGCGUCUACUGGCGCCUCUUCCUCUGCUACCGCUUCGACCGCGUCGCCCUCACAGUCUUCAUCUCGAAUAGGAGGAAUACCUCCAACUGGACCACGUAGUCUUACGAAUGGUCUUCAUCCUCCCUCUGCGCCCAGUAGUGCUCGAGGAAAAUCAUACGUGAAUGGGCAUGGCGCGCUCCCCGCCGGUCCUGGCGCCAGCGCCUUUUCACCGCCCACCGGGCCAAGAAGCUUGCAGAAAGGCAAACAAAUCGACGGGGUAUGGAAUCAACCAGCAAGCUCAAGUGGAGUGCACUCGCCCCCCGCACAAGCGAGCGUGGCAGGACCGAGUAGAAGCCAGCCUAAGGCUCAUGCAACACUUAACGGAGAGGUAGCUGGGCUUGGUGAACGAAGUCAGAUAUCUUUUCGUCUGCGUCCUCCAACUCAACCUCCUCCACCAAAGACAAAUCCACCACCCCCACCUCCGUCUGACCCGCCAUCAUCUCCUCGAUCGAGACGUGUCUUACCGCCUGAACCUUCGUCAAUACCACCGCCACCACCUCCGCCAACUGAUGAACCACCACCACCACCGCCGAGCGACACGCCACCUCCCCCGCCACCUCCAUCGUCUGAACCACCUCCACCACCUCCAUCGUCCGAGCCACCCCCGCCACCUCCAUCGUCCGAACCACCCCCGCCACCUCCAUUGUCCGAACCACCACCGCCUCCAUCUCCGCCCCCAGAUGAUCAUUUUCCUCCACCGAGCUCUGGGCUGCCUCCACACCCUUCCUCGCCUUCUCCUCCUUGCUUACCUCCUCCUUCUCCGUCAUCACUGCCGCCACCACCAACCCUUGAGCCACCACCUUCUCCCCCGCCAACUUCACAACCACCUCCGCCAAUUUCAGAACCACCACCACCUCCUACCUCAGAACCACCGCCUCCGCCUCCACCACUUACCGCACCACCACCGACUCCUGCACUCCCGUGGUCCCCACCGUCUGCACUGCGAGCUAGUAGUUCUUUGCAUCCCGCAGAGGCAUCAACACCCGUCCCUACGGGUCCAAGAGCACAGCAAUCUCAGGCGUCUCCACUCCCACCUCCACCAGCGCGCCCAGCAUCUCCGCCAAGGCUUUAUUCCCUUCCCCCUCUUCCGCCAUGGCCACCUGCGCCGUCAGAGUACCCUGAAGGUAAGAAUUACAGGGUAUUGUGGGAUUACGUUGCCGAUAAGGACAGAGACGGGCAAAUCCGCAUGCUUAUGGACAAGUUGCGCGAGCUCGGAGCUGAUCAGGGCGAAGAGGCUCGGGUCAAGGGAAGGGCAAAAGGCAAGGAGAUACUUUAUCGAUAUGAUGGGGAAGUCAUCGAAGGGGAACAUCCGGCAGUCAUGAGGGAUCCGAGGAAGGAGGUCAAGGUUAGGAAGCUGCCCACACUGCGACCACUGCGAGAGGAAUUCGCGCCGGUAACAUAUGAGUACGACACGAAUUCAAUAGGGCCUCCUCCUCCAACUUCUGUUCUCGUGGUCAACAUAUCACCUUUGACACCCAAUCAACACAUCAGACGGCACUUUGCGGUGCAUGGUACGAUCACGUCCUUUGAGCCACAGAUUGACAAGGCUACAGGUGCUGCACUGGGCAUCGUGUUCAUCAAGUUCAGCAGCCACGAUGAAGCCAAAAGGUGCGUCGAGAAGGAGGAUGGGAGGAAACUGGGAACAGAAGCCGGGGUUGGUAUCCGAGGUAUAGAGGGUAUGGACUUGAGGGUUUUGUUCGAUGGAGAGGGAAAGAACUUGAAGGCAGUGUUGAGGGAGCUUGAUAAUCGUCGGCGGCAGGAGCGUGAAGAGAAGAGGCGAAGGGAGAAAGAGGAGAAGCUGAAGGAGGCGAACGCUGUACUUGCGAAGGGAACACCAACCAGUGCAAGCCAUACCCCGGCGCAAGGCAGCAAUCCGUGGCGGACGAACCAGCAUCGACCAGGUCAGUCGGGCUCUCGUUUACCACCUACAACGCACUUGCCGUUACCUCCGAAUGGACGUACGCAUGGCUCUGAUUCGCUGAAUGGGUCGCCCAUGCCACCAAACUCCGCCAGCCCUCAUGUGAAUGGUGCGCUCAGCGGCCCCAAGAGUUUACCGCCUCCGCCCCGAGUGCGCCGUCCCCCAGCAGCUCUCGUGCGAGCGCGCAUCAUGUCCGCCAAAGCUGUGCCAUCCACCAGCUACUCACAUCGUCCUCCCGUUCCUCCCUCGAAAUCAUCGUCUUCUACACCCAUUCCCCCUCGAGGCCUUCGUCAUGCACCUUGGUUCUCGGAAGAUCAUGACACGUUCGCACCUUCGAGAUCUCCGUCACCAAUCUCGAGGCCUGGUCAGUCAUUCAGAUCCGCAAGACAAAAGGAGCACGAAGCAGUUGUCGAGCAACUGGCGAAGAAUGGUUUCGAGCAUGUUACCAUUGAUGGCCACGGCGCACAGCUGGCGGUCAGGACGGAUGACGUUCGGCAGUUCUUUGACGGGUUCAAGGUAGACAAGGUCCUACGAGACCACACAGGGUGGUAUGUCACCUUCCAGACGGGCGACUCCGCCCGCCGUGCCGCUUUGGUCCUUAGUUCAGGUGCGCGCACGCUUGCCUACCACUCAGUGAGCGUCUCUGUCCACCCUCCUCCCGCACGUCCUUCCUCCAGUUCGAAAGCGCGCUGGGACGACAACGAGCUUGUCGACCAAGCGACCAUGAUCAUCGUGAAGGACCUAAAAACAAUGUUGGAAAAGGAUGUGGUGGAACGCAUUGUUGGUACAAAUGUGAGACAUCUUGUGGUGGAUGCGAAGGCGAAGCGAGGGGUGUCAGUCCCAGGAGCUGUGGACUCGUUGAUAGAUGGACAUAUCGCCGAUCAUGAACACGGUGCCGACCUACGACCAUACGAGAAGAGUUUGAAGGGAUUGUCAUUCCGGAAGCAGAAGAAGCGUCCGAGAGAAGAGGAGACCAAGGUCACUGUUCCCGCCGCGGUUGAGCAUCGGGACGAGGAGGUCGAUCAUGUCGGUCAUGUUGAGAGGCCAAAGAAGCGACCGAGGAAGACCGUCACAAAGAAAGUCGUCCAGGAAGAUAUCGAAUCUGAAGACGAGGAUAUCUCUGUUCCUCCUCUGUCUCUGCCAGAACCCAUCACUAACAAGAGGGCAGCAUCCGAGUUCACUGAUACUGAAGAGCCUGUCAAGAAGAAGACUAAAACGCACGUUCAGGACCAGGAGAACGUGAUUUCACCGGUUUUGACGAAGCUCAAGAAAUCUUCGCGGAAGGCGGAAACCACAACCAUUACAAGUGACGAUGAGUUCAUUCAUGAAGUCCUCCCGGACGACUUCGACUUCGAUAUACCAACCGUUGCUCAUGUCCGGUUCACUCCCACACCCGAAUACGAGUCCUCCUUGUCUCCUCCUUCGUCUCCCUUCCUCAAGCCCAAGGUAGUUGUACGUGAGAGUCCUGCGCCCGACCCGUUCACGGAAGGCAUCUGCGAGGAUGACGAGGACAUGUACUUUGCGAAGAUGGCACUGUCUCGCGCUUUGCAUGAAGACGAAAUAUUCACACCAACGCCGCCUCGAGUUCUGUCUCCCGGACCAGAAGCUCCUCGACCGUUCCGCGUUCAUACCACUGGAUCUGCGCGUACUGAAGGAUAUUACAAGAUCUCGCAUGCUGAGAAAUCUGCAUACGUCGAGCAAUAUGUAUCACGUACCACUGUCAAUGAGGUCGCGACAGAGGCCGAGACCGCGCCACAGCAAACCGUCACUUCGUCCAGGUCUAAUCGUGCUAAUGCAAGACGUCGUGCACAGGGCCUCGAGGAGAUCAACCAGGUGCACCUUGCGUUGGCGUUGUCCAAGGGAGAGUCGGCUGCAACGGAGCUAGUCAAAUUCAACCAGUUGCAGACACGGAAGAAACAGCUGCGCUUCGCACGCUCUCCGAUCCAUGACUGGGGUUUAUACGCCAUGGAAAAGAUCUCCCGCGGGGAAAUGGUAAUCGAGUACGUCGGCGAGAUCAUCCGUGCACAGGUGGCCGACAAGCGGGAGAAGGCCUACGAGCGGCAAGGUAUAGGAAGCAGUUAUCUGUUCCGUAUUGACGAAGAUCUGGUCGUGGACGCCACGAAGAAGGGCAAUCUAGGACGCCUGAUAAAUCAUUCGUGUGACCCAAAUUGUACUGCGAAGAUUAUCACGAUCAACGGCGAGAAGAAGAUUGUCAUCUACGCAAAACAGGAUAUUGAGCUUGGGAGCGAGAUUACAUACGAUUAUCAUUUCCCUAUUGAGCAGGACAAGAUUCCUUGUCUUUGCGGCUCAGCAAAAUGUCGUGGUUUUCUCAACUAG